CGCAUCACCUUUUCAAAGUCUUUGACCAAGUGACAUAGUCUUUUGGAGUCGGGGAAAAAGUCGAGUACCAUGAUCGCUGAAAUGGAUGCGGACAGCGUUGCAGGAUACUUCAGAAGCAAGAGCAUCCUCAUCACCGGUUCAACAGGCUUCCUAGGAAAAGUGCUUGUGGAGAAGAUACUGAGGGUUCAGCCAGAUGUGAAGAAGCUCUUCCUCUUAAUUCGGGCCCCAGAUGUUGAAUCUGCGAAGCUUCGUAUUCAAACUGAGGUCACAGGGAGGGAGAUCUUUCGUGUGUUGAAAGAAAAUCAUGGUGCAGGGUUCGAUAAUUUCAUUGAAGAAAAGAUUUGUCCUUCGGUCGGAAAUAUCAUGAAAGAGAACUUUGGAUUAGACAAUUCCCAAUUGAAAGAAUUCUCCAAGGAUAUAGACAUCAUCAUCAACGGGGCAGCGACUACAAAUUUCUUUGAAAGAUAUGAUGUGGCUUUCGACACAAAUGUCUUGGGAGCGAAGCACGUCUGCGCAUUUGCGAAGAAUUGUCCGAAGCUCAAGAUGUUGCUUCAUGUUUCAACUGCCUAUGUAGCUGGUGAAAAAGAGGGGCUAAUAUCGGAGAAGCCAUUCUUGAUGGGUGAGACCCUAAGGGUGGGCACAUAUCUGGACAUCGAAUCCGAGCUAAAUCUUAUCAACAAGACCAAGAGAGAACUAAUAGCCAACCGCUCAACUGACAAGGUUGUGAGAAAAGCCAUGAAGGAGCUUGGCCUCAAGAGAGCACGACACUUUGGAUGGGCAAACACCUAUGUCUUCACCAAGGCAAUGGGGGAGAUGCUGCUAGAACACCUGCACGAGGGCUGUCCGAUGGUCAUCAUCCGCCCAAGCAUCAUAACUAGUACUCUCAAGGAUCCCUUCCCUGGAUGGAUGGAAGGAAUAAGGACAAUCGAUAUAGUGAUUGCCGGAUAUGCCAAGCAAACCAUGUCAUUCUUCCUAGCUGACCUGGAUUUGAUAAUGGACGUGAUUCCAGGGGACAUGGUGGUGAGCGCUAUGAUGGUUGCCAUGGUAGCACACUCGAAGGAUCAGCAAGCACAUAUCAUCUACCAUGUAACAUCAUCACAUCACAACCCCGCAACCUACGCCAUCCUCGCAGAUUCGGGUCACCGCUACUUCUUCGACAACCCACCAUGCACAGGGAGGAAUGGUGAACGUGUGCGACUAAAGAAGAUGCGAUUCUUUAGGACAACUGCGAGUCUAAGAUUGUACAUGGCCAUCAAUUACAAGCUUCCCCUCGAGAUGCUUCACCUAGUGAACAUUACACUCUGUGGUGUUUUCUCACGGCGCUGCAGUGAGUACAACAGGAAAUACAGAUUCCUCACACUGCUGAUCGAGCUCUACGCGCCAUACGUCCUGUUCAAAGGACGCUUUGAUGACAACAACUUGGAGAGACUAAGGAUGGUGAGGAACAAGGAUCAAAAUAACAAUGAAGCCUGUUGGUUUGAUUUUGACCCCAGGUCCAUCAAGUGGGAUGACUAUUUCUACAACGUUCUCAUUCCUGGCGUGCUCAAAUAUAUGCAGACUGAGUUACAUUCGACUAGCCAAAAUUCAAACGAUGUUGCUAGGCUUUGAAAUACAAUAAUUUGACUGCUCCCACAAACUUUGUACUAAACCAGCGACAGGUAAUAUGGUUCGUAGGGAGUAUAUUAUUUAUGCAACACUGGUGAAUAUGUAUUGUACAAUAUUUUGUUAGCUUAUGAAUUCUAUCGAUAAAAUACAUUUCUUGUA